CAUUAAAGUUUAUAACAAUCAUAUUAUUUUUCUCCGCACCGAUUUCUCUCUCAGGUUCUUCAGUAUUUCGACAAAGACAAAAAAUACCAAAAGAGAGAAUAACAGAUACUGAUAAACUGAUUCCAAUUAAAAUAGGCGCUAUACUUCCUGCCACAGCGUUCGAACAAAUCAAACGCCAGUAUGACAAAGCCUUAAUCGAUACAGCAAAUAAUAUCAACAAAGGCAGAUUUCAUAGAUUCGCUUUUACUAAUGUUUAUAAAUUAGAAGCUCAAAAGCAUGUAAUGGCUCUAGCUGCCAGUCCCUUAAACGUGUUAAAGACACUUUGCGAUAAAGUGUUGCCUCAUAAUGUAACGGCCAUCAUAUAUAUGACCAAUAGUCCAGUGUACGGUAGCAACGCGGCUUCUGCCCAAUAUAUGCUGCAACUGACUGGCUAUCUUGGAUUACCAGUAAUUGCUUGGAAUGUGGAUAACGUAGGACUUGAACAACGAGUUUCUGACUCCAGGAUACUUCAGUUAGCACCAACUGUAGAACAUCAAGCUCAAGUUAUGUUAAGUAUUUUGAAGCGAUAUUCUUGGCACACUUUCUCAGUUGUAACAUCCCAAAUUGGUGGACACGACGACUUCAUCCGGGCUAUUCGAGAUCUUAUUCAAAGGGGAUUCAGCAGAGAUUUCAAGCUUGACAUUUUAAACAUCCUAACUUUGAAGUCUGGAGAUAAAGAGGGAUACUACACUGAGCUUGAAGAUGUCGCUAACAGCGAGGCCCGUAUCUUUCUUCUUUUCUCAACCAGAACAGAAGCCCAGGAGAUUAUGAAAGCGGCGAAAGAACUAGGAAUUACAGGAAAGCAAUAUGUAUGGAUAGCUUCGCAAUCUGUCGUUGGUACGGGAAUCGAAGCAAAAGUAGAGCAUUUUCCUACAGGAAUGCUAGGUAUAUACAUAAAUGUGACAACCGAGAGAUUGAACGUAGAAGUGGAGAGAGCAGUGAAUAUAUUUGCUCAUGGAUUAGAAUCAUUUUAUCACGAUUCUAAAAAUUCUAACAUAAGUCUGUCUCCAACUCUGAGUUGUAAUGGAAAUGGCCAAUCUCGAUGGAACAGAGGGGAUGUGAUAUUUAGACAUAUGAGAGGCGUCACAAUUAGUGCAAAGCCACCAAGUAGACCUAUAGCUUUUAAUUUAGAUGGCACGUUGAAGGAUGUAGAAAUACAUGUUAUGAAUUUGAAGUUUGACCGCUGGGAGCAGAUUGGCGUCUGGGAAGGCAACAAGUUGGAUAUAAAAGACAUCGUGUGGCCUGGCAACAGCCCCGUUCCACCUCCGGGAGUACCGGAAAAGUUCAACUUGAAAAUCACAUUUUUGAAAGAACCCCCAUAUGUAAAUUUGUUACCACCAGACAACGAAACGGGCGAAUGCAAAACCAGCAGGUCAAUAAGAUGCAGAGUAGCUCCUGAACAUAAACUUGUUGGGAUAAAUCACACUCUUGCAUUAAAGAACCCAGAAUUCUACAAAUGCUGCUCAGGAUUUUGUAUCGAUCUUUUGCAGAAAUUUUCUCAGGAUCUCAAAUUUACUUACGAUUUAUAUCAAGUAGAGGAUGGUGCAUGGGGUGUUGUGAAUGCAAAUGGCACUUGGAACGGAUUGAUUGCUGAAAUUCUCAACAAUAAGGCAGACUUAGUUGUGACAUCAAUAAAGAUAAAUUCAGAUCGACAAACUGUUGUGGAUUUUACGGUUCCAUUCUUAGAGACGGGGAUAGCCAUCGUUGUAGCCAAGAGGACGGGUAUUAUAUCACCAAAAGCCUUCUUAGAACCUUUUGAUACUGUGUCCUGGUUGAUGAUUUUACUAGUUAGUAUACAAGGUGCAGCCUUAGCAAUAUUUCUCUUCGAGUGGUUGAGUCCUUACGGAUACGAUAUGAAAAUGGUCCCACCAAGAGGAGAAGAUGGCUCCGGACCAGAUCACAAGUUUUCGUUAUUCCGCACUUACUGGUUAGUGUGGGCAAUAUUAUUUGGAGCAGCCGUCAAUGUAGAUUGCCCCAGGGGUUAUACAGCCAGAUUCAUGUCCAGUGUGUGGGCCAUGUUUGCAGUCGUCUUUCUCGCCAUCUACACCGCCAACCUCGCUGCCUUCAUGAUUACCAGAGAAGAAUAUUAUGAUUUGUCCGGCAUAGAUGAUAAGAGAUUACAAAAUCCUAUGAGUGAAGAACCUCCUUUCCGGUUUGGUACUAUACCGUAUGGUAACACCGAGGCAAUUUUAAAGAAAAACAAGUUUGAGAUGUACAUGUGGAUGAGAAAAUUCAAUCGAACAACAGUUGUCAAAGGAGUAGAAGCAGUAAAGAAAGGAGAACUUGAUGCCUUUAUAUAUGAUGCCACAGUAUUAGAAUAUCUGGCAGGUCAAGAUAACGAAUGUCGUCUUUUGACUGUUGGAACAUGGUAUGCAAUGACAGGAUAUGGUUUUGCCCUUGCGAAGAAUUCGAAGUACCUCGGCAUGUUUAACAGAGCAAUGAUUCAGUACAGGGAAAACGGAGAUCUCGAGAGGCUCCAGCGCUUCUGGCUUCAGGGCGCCUGCAAGCCCAAACACAAGAAGCGGAAUGUUAGUAAACCCCUCGACGUGAACCAAUUCAUGAGCGCCUUCCUCCUCCUGGGAUGCGGAGUGCUCUUCACAAUCCUGGUUCUUCUGCUAGAACACAUUUACUUCAAAUACAUCCGACACCAUCUGGAGAAGACGGACAAAGGAGGAUGCAUCACACUGAUCAGUUUGAGCAUGGGAAAAUCCUUGAGUUUUCGUGGUGCCGUGCAGGAAGCUACAGAUAUCAUAACGCAUCAUAAAUGUAAGAAUCCAGUUUGUGAUACGACAUUGCGUAAAACUCAACAUGAUCUUCACAUGGCACAACUGAAAAUACGGGAACUUCAGGCAAUGAAUAGCAUGAUGGGAGUCAAAGUUAUUCCAGAGAAUAAAGAGCUGAAGAGUACCGAACCGCUGAAAACUAGAGACAUGACACACAAUAUGGUCAUAACGAAUGAAAGCGAGCCAGGUUAUAAGACGAAUCCUCUGCAUUCAUAUGGUCCUCAUUUCAUCAAAACAAGUACAACACCAUCGCAAGUUGCAGAAAUAGAGACCGUGUUAUGAUAACAACAAUAUUUUCAUCACAGUACUUGACUUUUGAUACAAUUAUUCAUAGUUGAUUAGAAAAUAAAUCUAAAAUAAAAAUGGAACGAAUUGUGAUGUGUUCAAGAGCAUUCAUAUCUCAAAAUGAAUAAUAAGCGUCUGACAUCAAAGUAACAUUUCGAAAAUCAGUAGAAGAUAAAAAAAAAAAUCGUAAGUGUUGGUAGAAUAUACUAUUUCAUGGAAAUGAAUCUCUGUAGAGGGCGUUAGCUUCUGGAUUGUUACUUGUGUAGAUGACUUUUCAUCUCUUUAGGAGAUGAAAGGAAAUAAUACAUUCAGAAGGAUUCAAAUACAUCAUUUAUGUUUAAGAAUAUAUGAAAUAUUUUCUUAAAUGCUACAACAAUGCCAGACGAUGAUCUAAAACAUUUUUUCCAGUUCUGAAAUACAGUGCUUUCAUUAAAGUUCUGCUAUAAAAAUCAUUUGAAUGAACAUAAAUAUUAUUAUCCAGAAAAAAAUGAGUAAUUCAAAGGAUCUUUAAAUACUCUGAAUAAAAUAUGACGAAAUAAUUAAAAAAAAAUCUAAGUGGCAAAUUUUUCCAUCAUCAAUCAUUCAUUUAUGGUACUUGUUACAUACAUUUCCCCAUACAUAUGUUCUCUUCAUAUUCUCUUUACCUCCAAGUAUUCCACGUAAACGAACAAUUAGCACUAGGAUCUGGAAAGUGAAAAAUAAAAACUGGACUCAUUUUUGCCACAUUCACUUCCACAAAUUAAACAGCAAGCUUGAAAGUGAUACAUUGUGACAAGAAAAAAAUAAUUCAAGGAACAUGAAGAUGGUGUUAUCAGCUUUGAAAUUCCUGAUACUUGGUACAAUACUUAGCAUAAGACUUACUUGUUACACACUAUGUCUUAGUAUUUUAUUGUUGAGCCUUUAUUGUUAAAAAAGAUGAAGUUUCUUUGAAACUUAAUCAAUACAAAACUUGUUAUGGCAUGGGUGUGCUUUUUUCCCAUUUUACCACCGAAUAUCUAGUCGUGUUUCGUGUAGUGAUGGUAUGUAGUGAAAAAAAGAAAGAGCUCAGAGCACCAGCACAUUCCUGAUAACGAACUAUAUUAUAUGUUUUAUAUACACACGUUAUUAUUAUACCAUUAAUAAUUGACAGAAUAA